GUUUCAUAUCCUGCUUUAUGUCAUGGUGCUUCAACAGCACUGGUGUUAAUUGCCCCAUUUUUCUAGUUGAAGUUCCCCUUUUCAGGAAUACUGCUGCUUUGAAAAUAACCCUUUGAACAAACCUGUUCAUAUGACAAACUCCUAAAUAAAACCUUCCCAGGCAACUCAGUCGAGAUGGGGCUUUUUAAAGGAAAUCACAUUGCUGUUGCAGCUUCAGGAAAGGUACUGGAGACUCCCUGCAGGCUAUGCAGUGUUGUGGCCUGCCCUGAUCUACUCUUCACAUCGCAGUUUCCAGUUCCUUUUCACAGCUUGUUUUUUGCUCCCCUCCCCUCUCUGCUGCUUAUGCCAGAGCACUAUCAGAUGAGCGUGCUGGAGUCUGCUCCCGUCAGCUCCACUGUGGGCCGAGUGGUUGCUAAAGACCUGGAUGAAGGCAUAAAUGCGGAGAUGAAGUAUAGCCUUGUGGAUGGAGAUGGACUGGAUGUCUUUGAUAUUAACACUGAUCCUAAUUACCAAGUUGGCAUCAUAACUGUGAGAAAGCCUUUAAGUUUUGAGAGCAAGAAAAGCUACACCUUGAAAGUAGAGGGUGCCAACCCCCACCUGGAAAUGCGGUUCUUGAAUCUUGGUCCCUUCCGUGACACCACUACGGUCCACAUCACUGUGGAGGAUGUAGAUGAACCUCCUGUGUUCGAGCCCAGUUUCUACUUUGUGGAAGUGCCUGAGGACGUGGAGAUUGGAACCACCAUACAAACCAUUUCUGCCAAGGACCCAGAUGUGACCAACAACUCCAUCAGAUACUCAAUUGACAGGAGCAGUGAUCCAGGGCGGUUCUUUUAUGUCGACAUUACAUCAGGAGCACUGAUGACUGCAAGACCUCUUGACCGGGAAGAUGUUUCUUGGCACAACAUCACUGUGCUGGCCAUGGAGCUGAAUAACCCCUCGCAGGUGGGCAGCGUCUCCGUAACGGUGAAAGUCCUGGAUGUGAAUGACAAUGCGCCAGAGUUUGCGAGGUUCUAUGAAGCUUUUGUUUGUGAAAAUGCCAAAGCCGGGCAGCUGAUCCAGACAGUGAGCGCCAUCGACAGGGAUGACCCACAGGAGGGUCAGCACUUCUACUAUAGCCUGGCUCCAGAGGCAGCCAACAACCCCAACUUUACUCUAAGGGACAAUCAAGACAAUACGGCAUGGAUUUUGACGAGGCGCUCUGGUUUCAGACAACAUGAGCAGAACACCUUUUACGUCCCCAUCCUGAUCAGUGACAACGGCCGCCCCGUGCUGAGCAGCACAGGCACGCUGACCGUGCACGUGUGCAGCUGCGAUGACGAUGGCAUGGUGAUGUCCUGCAACGCAGAGGCCUACGUCCUGCCUGUCAGCCUGAGCAGAGGAGCACUCAUUGCAAUCCUUGCCUGCAUCUUCGUCCUGCUCGUGCUGGUUCUCCUCAUCCUUUCCAUGCGGCGCCAGCGGAAGCAGCCAUACAUCAUUGAUGAGGAGGAGAACAUCCAUGAGAACAUUGUCAGGUACGACGACGAGGGUGGUGGGGAGGAGGACACAGAGGCCUUCGAUAUUGCUGCCAUGUGGAACCCACGCGAGGCCCAGCUGGUGGUGAAAAACCGGCAGGACAUGCUCCCUGAAAUAGAGAGCCUCUCCCGAUACGUGUCUCAGGCGUGUGUCAUGGACAACAACGUCCACAACUAUGUGCUCGCCAAGCUGUACGAAGCUGACAUGGACCUGUGGGCGCCUCCCUUCGACUCCCUCCAGACAUACAUGUUUGAAGGGAACGGCUCAGUGGCAGAGUCGCUCAGCUCCUUACAGUCGGUGACAACAGACUCAGACCAGAGCUACGACUACCUGACAGACUGGGGGCCGCGCUUCAAAAAGCUGGCCGAGAUGUACGGUGCCACGGACAGCAGCGGGGCUCUGUGGUAAUAGACGAGGAAUGGCAGAGGGGUUUCCAUGCAAAACGGUGUCCAGUUAGGUCCAUUCUCAUCAGAUGCUUCCAUGGACGUGGGUGAGGCCUCCUAAAAAAUAGCAAUACGGUGCUUGGAUGAGAAUGGGAAGAAGGGUGCGAAUGAAGGUCUCUCUGGAUCAGCUUUACUCAGUU